UGACUUGCAGGGGAAACGGGAUGUCAUAGGAAGUUGGGAAGCGGUUUGUUUUUAUUCAUUUUCUAAUCAAUUAAUGAUUUUUCUGCAUAUAAAAUGAGUGAUAUAGAGACUAUAGAGGUGCCUGACACGUCAGACGUUGAAGAGAUGCCUGUGGAUGGCCAGGAAGCGGCUUCGCAGGAGUCAAUUGAGGAUAUCACGAAAGACGGCCUCUCGAAGAUCAUCAGUGCCACGAAGGCUUCCAUGGCUCUCCCGACUGGUGCCUCCAGGGACUUGUACACAGCGCAGCCCUCAUUCAUCAGAGUGAUGAAUCAAGAGUCGGACAAGAUCCUGAACAUAUUGGGGAAAAUUCUCAAGCAUCAGAACAUCAAGGGAAAUAUCAAGAGGAGAGACGAUGACGAGAAGACAGACUUAAUCCUGGAGUGCAAUGAUUCCAUGUUGGAGCGGAUCAACUCGAAUCUGGACGAGAUGUCUGGCCUGAAGAAGGCUCCAGAAGUUGUUCUCGUGCAGGCGGAGCUUUCUGGGAAUGCGCCAGAGAAGAAGCGUUCGUCACUUACUGGGAAAACAUCAGAUGCUAAACUUCUCACAGCCAGAAACAUCCUAAGACCGCAAGUGAACUUCAAAGUUCCAGUGGACAACAGAAAUUCGACUCCUUUUGAGCCCAAAAUCAAGUACAAGCCGAAUAGCUUAAAGCCUCUGGCUGUCUUGCCUGAGUAUGGCGAGGACGGGAAUAUAGAAUCGUAUUUGCAUCCAUACGAGACAGAACUCAACAGAUUUGAUGUUCCUGAGGAGCAAUUGACGAAGACUGAGCCACAGAAGCCAAAGUCUUUGGCAGAAACGCCGCUAGUUUUCGUGGACAGUGCGGAAAAGCUGGAGGAAAUUAUGAAGGAGUUGGAAAAGUUCAAGGAGAUUGCCAUAGAUCUUGAACAUCACUCGUACAGGAGUUUCCAGGGAUUCACGUGCCUAAUGCAACUGUCGACGCGCGUGAAGGACUAUAUUAUAGACACAUUGGCGCUCAGGGAGGAUUUGCAUGUUCUGAAUGAAGUCUUCACGAAGCCCAGCAUUGUGAAAAUCUUCCACGGAGCGGACUGCGAUAUCGAGUGGCUGCAGAAGGAUUUCUCGCUGUACGUUGUGAAUAUGUUUGAUACGCAUCAGGCCGCCAGGAAGCUCAACUUCGCCAGGGUUUCUCUGGCGUACUUGCUGAAGCACUUCUGCCAGAUUGAGGCAGACAAGACGUUUCAGCUGGCCGACUGGCGAAUCCGACCGCUACCGGAGGAGCUCGUUGCUUACGCCCGUCAGGACACUCACUUCCUGCUCUACAUCUACGACAUGCUGCGCAAUGAGCUGCUGAAGAAGGCCAACUUCCAGCCCAACUGGCUGAAGAGUGUCUAUCAGCAGAGCACGGAGAUUUGCAUGAAGCGCUACGUGAAGGUGAGACUGACGCCAGAGUCUCACUUGAAUCUCUACACGAGAUCCAAGAAGAACUUCGACAAUCGCCAACUCUUCGCCUUCCGGGAGAUUUACAAUUGGCGCGAUGUCGUCGCCAGGGAGGAGGAUGAGAGCUAUGGCUACGUUCUGCCCAAUCACAUGCUCUUCUACAUCGCGGAGAUGCUGCCGCGAGAGAUGCAGGGCAUCUUGGCGUGCUGCAAUCCCGUGCCGCCGCUCGUGCGGCAGCAUCUUCUGCAUCUGCACAAGAUCGUGCUGAAAGCACGAGAUCAGCCGCUGGAGAAGAUCAUUGUGGCCGAGGAGAGACCUCGAGUGGCUCCUGGAGAGUUGAUUAACAUCAACAGCUUCCUCUACUGUCCCCACGAUCUGCCUCAGGGAGGAGAAAUCAAGGACAAUUUGCCAACACUGCUUGCUGGAAAUCUCCUGGGCGCCAAAAGCAGUGUGAUUCGUGUGAAUUUAGUGAAAUCCCAUCCACAGGUGAGUGUUUUCGAAGCUCCUGCCGCCCAGAAAAGCCUCCCGAAGAUCGCCUUCGUCAGUCCUUAUCAGAGAUAUCGAGCUGUGAUACCAAUUGCCGAGGAGGAGAAGCGAAAGGCGCAGCAACUCGAGGAGAUGCAAAAGCAAAAGCGUCGCCUUUGUCCAGAUGCAUCAGAAAUCGUGCCGGAAGUUCUUGACAUCAAGCAAGAACCUAACUUUAGUGGCAAAAGGAGGUCUGAGGGUUCUGCUGACGAGGUCAAAGCGAAGAUUCCUCGCGUGGAGACACAGAGAGAGCAACCCAGAGUGCCUGAGAAGGACGAGAAACCGAAACUGAGCAGGAAUCAGAGGAAGAAGAUGAAGAAGAUGCAGGCAGAAGCGAAACUUAAUGAAUUCGACUACACUUCAGUGGAUUUCAGCAAGUUUCAAGGAGGAUCGAAGUCGGGCGAGAAGGCAGGAAGGCAGCAAUAUGCCUCGCAGUUCAGGAGUCGCGGGCAGAAAGCGAAGAAUGCCGACAAACGACUCAACAAAAUCUUUCGUUAGUCAUUGAUGAAUAAAGGAAAGAAUAUCACAAGA